AGGGAAGGAUUUAGGUGCUGCUCUGUGCGUUUUCCGCAGCGGACGCUUGAAAGGCGGAAAACAUGGCUGCCUUGGCGAUGGCCGCCAAGGGCUCAGGGCGGGUUUUCAGCCUCUUCGCUGGCGUAAGGAAGGGCGCUAUUUCCUCUGCUGCAGGUAGGAAACGGAAGGUCCCGCUCCAACCAAGGAUUGCAUCAUGGAGACGGGAGUGUAGUUCAUAUAGUGAACAGUUGUCCAGUAAUGCAGAUAUGCCUGUGCCAAUGGACAAUCCCUAUAAGGAACCUCCUAAAAAGUGUGUCUUGUGUGGGGUAGCUGUUGACUACAAAAAUGUACAGCUUUUAUCACAGUUUAUUUCGCCAUACUCCGGUCACAUUUUUGGAAGGCAUAUAACAGGCUUAUGUAUCAAGAAACACCGAGAGGUUGCAAAAAAUAUUAAAAGAGCCCGGCAAUUGGGUGAGCAUCUUUUUAAAAUAUGGAGCUACUUAGAUGUUUUGCAAAUUGCUUUGUUUCUAAAGCUUCUGUAUUUUAUUAUGUUGCAGGAUUUAUGUCGGUUACAUUUAAGGAUCCAACAUUCCUCAGCGACCCUAAAGUAUGUAGUAUCAAAUAUCCGGAAUGAGUUAUGUUAACUGUACUUAAUAAAGCUGAUUUUGUAACUGAUUUGUAGUCAUUCCUGGUACAUCCUUAAUAAGCAAACCACUUAACACAUCAGAUACGAUCCUGUUAAUUCUGCUGUAUAGAGAGUACAAAGUAUUGCCAUGUGAAUGGAAGAACGCUUCUCCUCUGUGCUAAUUAUCACGAUGUCAUUCUUCAAAUGGCUGUCACUUUUGUAUGCAAGAUGGAAAACAUGCUGUCAUAAAAUGAAAUAAAAACUUUAUAAAGAAGAAAACACAUGCUGUCAUGCCUAAUGAUAUACCUACCUACUUGGAAGCAAGUAUCUAUGUCUAAUAGGGCUUACUCCUAGGUAGGUGUAGGCUUGGUGCAUCUGUGUGCUAUAUUAUAUGUACUAUAUUGCUCCAUGUGGAAAAUGGAAUAGUGGAACACAAUUAAAGGCAGUAUCAUGAAUGGAAUAUUUGUAUUAAGGUCUUGCCCAUAUUUCUGUAGGCUGACAUGAAACUAUGUUUAGCCUUCAAUUCAGCUGCUUCACUUUCAAGCACAGCAUGUUACUUAAUGGGUUAUAACCAUUUUGUAUCCUACUGCUAACGGAAGUCUCUGAUCCAGUGAAGGAGGAAAUUUCCCCCUCCUUUCCUCUGCAGACCUGUGCACCACUUUCUGCUCUGCAGACCCUUUCUGCUCCAGAGGGCUGGUGAACCCUUUGGAAUUACAUGGGAGAAGAGAAGUCUCCACUGAAUCAAAGAGGGACAAGUGGAUAAAAGUCAAAUUGCACUCUUAGUCCAGCCUUGGAGAAAACAAACAUGGUACUAUCAGUACAGUACAUUUUAUGCUGAAGUCUUCCACCAGGGAUAAUCUCUGUGGAAAAUAAGGAAUACAAAAUCUACUGAGGAAGAAAUUGGACUAUUUUGUUUCCCCCCCAAUUGUGGGGAUAAUGCUGGUUUAAUUUUUGAUGAAUGAAUUUUCAUAAAUAAGACUUCCCCCCAGAGACCAUGAACAAAUGGAGUUAUAUAGGCAAAAACUUCUGGGGAAAAAGAAAUCCUUUAUCUGUACUGAAAGGGAUUAAAAACUUGGAGACACACUGCGUUCCUCGGGCUCUUUUGUAACAUCCUCAUCAGGUUCAGUGUCACUGGUUGCAAUGUUUGUUUCUUGGUCACUGUUCUUUUGGUCCUCCCGAAAUAGAUUUCGACGAAGUUUGAAAGAUCGUAGCCUUUUGAAUGGCUUUGGUCCACUUGUAGUUACAGUAGCCUUUCGCUUAAUUACCUGCUUUGUCUCGGCUUCAGGGAAGCUAUUUUCUUUGAACAUUAAGGUCAACCAAUCCAUUAUUUUUGUGUUGUGGUCAAUGUUGCAGCAAUGCUUAGAAAUCUUUCUCCCUUUUAAAGUAACACUGCUUGACUGCAGUCCAGAA